GCCGAUUACAGGGCUUGCAGAUGUUGCAAAGGAUCCCGAAGCAGGAAAGAACCAGAGCCCUUUCGGCCCUGGCGGAAUAUAUCAUGAGAAGCAGGUCGGCUCUCUGUGCGCCAUACACUGUGUGAACAAUAUGUUCCAGGGCCCGCUGUACGAAGACCAUGACUUCAGAUCCAUUGCAAGACUCCUGGACGAGCGAGAACGAAGCCUAAUGAAAGGAGAAGACCUAGACUUUGGCAAUGCUCGCCAUGAUGGCUUCUACAACGUGCAGGUCAUGCAGGAAGUGUUGAGAAGGGCGGGAUAUGAGAUGACCUCGGUCUCGGCCGAGGCUGCCAAGGAUGGCGUGGAGAGAGCUAAGGAGAAGGCAUUCAUCUUGAAUAAGCAAGAGCAUUGGUUCUGCGUGCGGCGGCUUGGUCAGGAGUGGUUCGACCUUAACAGCUGCAUGUCCGUGCCCAAGCACUACACGGAUCGUGAUCUCGAGUGGCUUAUCAAAGAGGCAGUCAGUGAUGGUUACGGCGUUUUUCGCGUCACUGGAGAGUUUCCUUCGUGUGCUUUGGAAGAAGAUCACAAGAAGCUGGUCGAGGCAAAGGAAGGCUGCGGUGGACCACGAACCGGCUAUAGCUUAUAUGCUGGCUCCGGGCAAACUUUGUCAAGUCCCGGUGCAAAAGCUCCUGCUGCCCCGCCGUCGGAUGCUGCUGCACUUCGGGCUGCCAGGCUAGCUCGACUGGGAGGAGGUGCUGCCCCUUCACCUCCUGAUAGCUGGAGGGCCAGAUCUACCGACAUGGUGUCCGGUCCAGUUUGCAACUGCACAUUGAUGAAAAUGAGCUUGCCUGAAAGACUGUAUCGCACAAGCGAAAGUCGUUGA